ACUUGUAAGGACAGUGAUGGCUGCCAUCUACUCAGGUAUCCAUUUGAAACUGAAAAGCCCUCAGACCCCAUGGGAGGAUAAACUGAAGCUUGCACGCUUUGCCUGGAUCUCAUCCCAAUGCCUUUUACCCAACAAGGAACAGGUGCUAUUGGAUUGGUCCACCCAUGCUCUGACAGGUUUCUAUAGUAAGAAGGUGGUGUUCUCCCAAAGUGUUUUGGAAGGACUGUGGAUUUACCUUGAUGACCUGCUCCACAGCAGGAAGCUCCGAUCCCUUCUCAACCAAGGCAAAACUAUUAGCCUCAGGCUAAAUGUCGCACAGGUAUUACUCGACCGUCUCCAAGAAUGUGUGUCUGCUGGAGAUGGACCUUCAGUGUGUGUGUCAACCCUACUGAGUGUUUGUCAGGGCAUUAUCUUUUCUCCUGGUCUCUCUUCCAUCUUCACCACCAAGUACGAGCUUAUGACGGACCUAUUAGCCAAGCUCUGUUUUCUGGCCUGCCACAGACUACGACAACAACCGUCACUUAAAGGAAUCCUUUCCAUCCACUCAAAGCCCGAGUCAGUCACAGAGUUGGUUAGCUCUCAAGAGGUACCAGUGACAGAGUCCUUACAAACGCAGCCUUUUAAAGAUCCCAGCCUUGCACAGUGUGAACCAGUCACAGAGACUCCUCCAGAUCAGGUGAUGACAGAGUCCAAUAAAUCCCAGGCACUGAAAAACCCCCAAUCAAGUCAUAUGUUUGAGGUUUUGCUUCAAGUUUUAUCUUGCUAUCUGUCAGUUCAAGGCCAACAAGCAAAUCCAAAUAGAGUCUUCACCAUGGUAACAAACCAACUGAUCCAGCCCAUUAUAUUGCUACGACACCUGCUGGCUUCCGGGGAACACACACAUCAGCGUCUCCGUCCACAGUUGAGUAAAGACCUCCGCAUUAAAAUGGACUCCAUCCUUCAGUUAGCUCUCUUCCCUCCAGAGCACCUCUCUUCUUUCAAGGAAGAGCUCCUUCCAUCUAAGAAUGAUUGUGGUAAAUGUGGUCCUGGAGCAACAAAAGGCCCCCUGAGGCCAGUCAGUACCAUACUUAGUAAACUGACUGCCCAAGGCGACUGUGAUUCCUUCCUUCACUAUGCUGUAAAAUCAAACAGCUUGUCUCUUCUGUUUAAAUUCUGUUUAGAAAACUAUGGUAAAGGUGCAGGUAAAGCUGAGGAAGAACAGAAGAUGCUUUGUUUCCAUUUCCUGACAAGACUGAUCCCUGUCCUGGGCAUAGACUUGGAUGGCUCCUUUUCCUCAGUUCCCAUAUCACUCCCCAAUGCAACCCAGCCAUCUCCAAUGUCCACUGGGAAGGACUUUCCCUCAGUCUGCCUGUCUUUUUCUCCUGGGAGCUGGAGCCUGACACUGCUGGCUAUGGAGGCUUUGUUAAGCCAGGUGCUGUCAGCUGAUAUAUAUAAUGUGGCAGCCGAUAGGAUCAGACAUGGAGAGGUCCAGUUUAAUUUCUACAGAAAAUUGGUUGAAAUGCUCUUCAACCAUGCACAGCAAAGUACCCCUGUAUGGUACCGCUGUUUGAAGGUCCUAUUGGAUUUGAACCAUCUGAUUAUAGAGCCCGACCUAGACCAACUUAUAUCGUCAUCCUGGGUUGACUCUGAUUGUAUGGAAUCACGGGUCCAACGGGCAAGACAGAUGCUAGUGUGUAGCCUGCUCCAUACCUACACCAAGCUCCGCCAGCUGCCUCACUUCUUCUCUGAGCUUCUCUCCAUUGUCUGUCAGCCUGCCAUGGAUGACCUUCGGCCUCCUCUGCUACCUGAAGAGGUCUGCACCUCUCUCAAGACCUGCCUUCUAGAUACACCUCCUUCUCAGGGCCUAGAAAUCUGUUCCCUGGUGUUGGCAAGCAUCAGGAGGUAUAUACUGCCUGACCUGGAGAAGGAAGGAAGAGAGGAAGAGAUGGAUGAACGUAAUGGAGAGAAUAUCAAAGGAAAGAUGGACCGAAAAAGAGAAAAAGGGGAGCUAGAGAGACAGAAAGGAGACACAUCCCUUAAGCUCCUCUCCCUUAGCCAACUCCUUCAUGCUGUGUUGUUCAGUCUGAAGACUAUGGAUAAUGCUUCUCCCCUUCCCUUAGUGAAACAAACUCAAAAUCUGAUGGAGGAGAUGGGAAACGUGGUCAAGGCUUUACAACAGCUGGUCUCAUCAGAAAAGAAGCUCUUUGGUGCAGGCCUAGGAAUGGACAACAUAGAUGCAAAGAUGACCUCAAACCCACAACCAUGUUCAUGGGUACUGUGGAAACAAAAGACCCAAGAUGCAGGUCUUCUGCUCAGGUACACCUGGGUGGAAAUGGACAUGCUUUUACAUAUCCAUUGUAGCAAAUACAUCUCUCAAGAAUUACCCCAAGACACAACUACAAGCCAUCCUCAAGACCAAGCCCCUGGAACCACUUCAGUCCAUACCCACAUAGAGGCACUUCUCUCUGGUGAGCUAUGGCCUGCCAGUGUUUAGAUACAGUCCUGUCCUGUCAAACCCUCCUACAGCCCGAUGAGCUGUUUGCUACUCAAACUUCUCACCUUGCAACAGCUGAAGAAAGCACUACUGAACAACACUGUACUUGCCCCGCUGAAUACUGCAGAAGUGCUGCGUAGCAUGGCCCAGUUCAUUUUAUCAAGAGAAGAGCUCAGGGUCAGUUUAGAUGGAGAACAGAUGUGGGAUGGGCAGAUAGGAAGUGUGAAUGCAAUCUCCUACUGUGUAGCACACUGGUACCUUGUCACAUCUAAUUUGCCUUUAAUUGCUCCCUAUUUGUCUGAAGAGGACUUAGGGCAUUUCGCAGAUUUUCUUCUCAGUUCACAGCUCAACAGACAAAUGGGUGGAAACAUUGUUCAGUUACCUGGUUACCUGUCGAUUUCUCUUAUAUCCUCACAGCUCCUUCAAAGCCCCAUCCUCAUAGAGUUACCUUCAGUGUACUCUGCCACUGUUAAAUCCCUCAUGCAGAAGAUUGUGGGAGUUCUUGUGGCAUCAGAAGUACCACAAGAUUGUCCAACACUCCUCAAGUUUCAGGAAAUGGUUCUGCCAGAGAAAAGAAAUUCAGUCAACCAUAGCCCAGAUUGGUUGAAUUUUAUGAAGGCAACACAGGGUUUCAUCAGAGCCCUGAUGCAGUUGAUAAUAAACAGAAACAGCAGUGUUCGGCUCAACCUAGAGCAGUUUACGUCCUAUCUCACCAGUGACGAAAUUACAGGCAGGCAGCUGGCCGUUAUGGCUCAAACAGCCCCCAAUCCAGGGAAUGCAACUAAUUUCGGUAGACCACCAACCAUUUUGUCCCUUCAUCUGCUGCUGGCAUCACUUACAUCUUUCUGCCAAGUAAUGACCUCUACCUUGGGGAGGAGCACAUGGGACCAAACUUUGGCUCAAAUGUUAGCCAGAAUCACAUCAGCACUGGGACCAGCCAUAAAAACCAUUAUGAAGCCCGAGACUGUUGGUGUCCUUGGCCAAGGUUUUUUGGUAGAAGUUGUUACCGUCAUGCUCCGCUGCGAACUUUCCACUCUGCCAAUGGACGAUGAUAAAGAGCAGAUUGGUAUACAGCGCACACUGAGUCAUAUGACCCUCUAUCGCAAUUUCUGCCAGCAGAUCCUCAAGGAGUUAAGCUCUGCCUCCAGGCCAGUGGACUUUUUGGUUUCUUCUCUCCACUUUCUGUCCACAUUCUACCUUGCAGUUGAGAAGACAACAGGAGAGAGGGAGAAAGAGGGAGGAGAGAAGAGGAAGAGAGUAGAGGAGGUGGAUGAACUGUACAUUCAGAUAAUGCAGAAUGUAUACAGACUUCUGGCAGCUCCCUGGCUGUCAUUAAGUGAUAUUGGAGAGCUGGAACCAGUUGUAGAAGAGCUUCUGCGCCACCUGCUGGAAAGGAGCACCACUGGACGGUUCAGCGUAUUUCUACUGCUGGUCAGAGAGGGACUGGACACUGGCAAGCUGUAUGUUGGAAACUACAAGGAGGCGCUGUCUGCAGUAACUGUCCUAAAGCUGUUGUGCUGUUGCAAUUUACCUGAGCCCUGUUCCAAAGCUCUGAGGCUUAUUGCACCACAGAUCAUAUCCGCUAUGGUGUUUCUAGUGAGGGCAUCUAGCCAGGACCCUGAUCUGACCCUUUCCCUUACCAUCCCCAUGGUCACGUCGAUGACAUCAUUGCUGCGAUAUGGGGAGGGGCAAAUCUCCAACCCUCAUCAUGUGACCCAGGUUCUUGGAGCGCUUCAAGUGGUGCCUCUGGACCAUUUGACUCCAACUGUCUACCAGUCGGCUUUCCUGGCGGUGCAUGAGGCGCUAUUUGCGAUCAUCCAGUGUCAUCCUGAGGUAAUACCGAAUGCAGCUCCAUCAUUUCUGAAUGUGUUCUAUCGUCUGGUAGCAUCCAUAAUGCAAGAGGGUCGACAAAGAGGAGACAGUGACACUGGUCCAAACAGUGAUGUCUAUCUCCAGUGCUCUCGGCUGGUAGAGAGGAUGUAUUCACACAUUGCAGCUGCCGCUGAGAAAUUUAAAACACUGUCAGCCUUUAUGGUGGCUCAGUAUGUCACAGAACUGCAGAAGGUCACACUGCGACCAGAAUUAAAGCAUCAUCUGUCUGAAGGGAUCUAUCAGAUAUUAGACCUUUGUAUGGAGCAGGAUAUCAAGUUUCUGACUUCCAGACUGCAGAUGGGGGUCAGGGAGGUUUUCAAUGAACUGUACAGCAGCUAUUCACACUAUCACAAAAUACAGAGGCAAGGAGAGGACAAAUACACCGUUUAAACAGCUUUAUCAGGAUGUCCCAGACUUUGAGGUCAGGUCCCUAAGGGGGCUUCAUGUCACGAAAAAGGGGUGGGUCCCUGUUGAGAUUAGAUAAAGUAAGAUGAGAUAACUUUAUCUGUCACAAAGUAAUAGAAAAUUUCCUCUGACACGGCUCAACAACAAAUAGAUAAUGCACAUUUAAAACACAUUUAAGAACUUGCCUAAGGAAAUUGACUUUGGUGAUAUUUAAUCAUUGCUUUCAAAUGAAAAAGAGACACCCAGAAUCUCUUGAACUGCAUGGAAGCAACUGCGGUGCCACCAAAUCGGUUUAUACUGUUAUAACUGACAAACUGCAAAGCAGCUUAAUUUCACUUCCUCUUGGGAAUUGCUGCAGUUCUUCUAUUUCUGUAUGGAUGAACAUUGCCUUACCUAGAUAAGCAUAGCUUUCACUGAAAUCAUUUUGAUAUUAGCAUUGUACAGACCACGUGGUGACAUUUUAAAUGAAACCGAUUGUAGAUUUGCCUCAUGUUUUCCAAAUGUGUUGACACAUUGUAUAGAUAUUUUUCAAACAACUAAUAUUUAAUUUGUAUAUUUUGCAACAUUCUGGUUGCUUUUUUAGCAGAAAUUAUGCAAUUAUUAAACACAAAUGAACAGAAAUACAAAGUCAUCUUAAAAGGUUUUUAUUGACAUGGUUUGCUUCAUUUGAUGGGUCAUUUUUUGUUUUACUGUUUCUCGGAAGAGUGGCUGGUGAAAUGGGCAGUCCACAUCAGAUCCAGUGUUUAUAAAUGACACUGGGAAAUGACCAGUUAUACAUCUUCUAAAUCUGUGCUCUCUGUAUUCAGCACUAUUUUACGUGUUUUGUUCUGUAGUGUGAUAUUUUUAACAUUUUUAGACAUAAAUGAAGAAUGACAGAAAUUAAUUAUAGCAUUGCCACGGUAAAAUAAAAAAACAAA